AUGAAAGCAGGUGAUGGGGAAAACAACGAGAUUGUUGUUGGCGGCGGUGGUGGUGGUGGUACCACCGGUGGAACUUUUCAAUGCCCUCCUGGAAUGGAGGGCUUCUGGCAGGCGUUGUCUGCUGAUUUGGCUUACGCACAGGCUUGCCUUGUGUGUGCUCUACUGGUGAGUCGGGUUCCGUGGAAGUUUGCAAGUUUUUUACAUUGA